AUGUUGACAAGUAGGUCUGCGGUAGCAACAGCAGUCCCUAUCGCUUGUGAUACAUUCAAAACCGAAUAUCACCCGAACAGUGGACGCGCCCCUGCCAUUGAGACCUUUUCCACCUUUGGACACCCUGUUGAGGCAGAGGCCAGUUCCACGCCCAUCAUCGACGACACACCUUGGCAACCCUUUACGUGCCGCGCAGAUUUCGAAUUCGCAGAACUUGCCCACCAAGCGGCACUCAAUAAGGAUCAAACCGACAAGAUGCUGCAGUUGAUAUGGCAGAUCGCCGAGGGACAAGCAAAGUUUACAUUCAGAUCUCACACUGAAGUGUCGAAGGCCUGGGAUCGAGCAGCUACUCAAAUGACGACUUUCGAGAAGCACGUCAUCUCCGUCCCUUACAAGAAGGAGGAAAUCGAAUUCGACGUACAUACACGGCCGCUGUGGGAUUGGGCUAUGGACUUGUUGCAAGAUCCGCUGUUGGCACCGCACUUCGUUUGGGACGCGCAGCGUUUGUACAAGCAUGAUGGUACUGACUUUAGACGGUUUAUUCACGAGCCUUGGACCGCAGAUCGGUGGUGGCGAAUUCAAUCAUCGUUGCCGAACAACGGUGUUCCAUUUGCCUUCAUCCUCUACGCCGACAAAACACAUCUCACUUCGUCUGGGCACGUGAAGGCCUACCCAGUGAUAGCUCGUUGCGCAAAUCUUCCCGUUCACAUAAGAAACAGCGACGGAAUUGGAGGAGGUCGUGUGGUGGGCUGGCUGCCGAUUGUUCCUACAGAUUCCAACGAAGAUGGAAAACUCAACUACACGAACAUGAAACGUGUUGUCUGGCACAAGGCGUUCAUCAAGUUGCUGGAAUCCAUCAUCCUGUACUCUAAAACAGGCUUUGCGCACAGAUGCUUUGACGCCAUCAUGCGAUGGCUAUACCCACUAAUCCUACUUCUGUCCGCAGAUUAUGAAGAACAAUGCGUGAUGGCAUUGAUUCGUGGGCUACAUUCAAAUUGUCCCUGCCCUGUCUGUUGCAUUCCCUCGACGAAACUUUCUGACCUCAACGCAACAUAUCCUACUCGAACCGUCGAAGACGCAAAAGCUUUUUUAGAGCUGUAUUUGAGGGACCGCGUUGCUGGGGAAGAAGUACUGAAGGCGCAUGGUUUACGCCCCAUUGCGAAUGCGCUCUGGGAAGUCAACAACUCCGAUCCUCACGAGACACUCUCAUUCGAUCCCUUACAUGUCAAUGACAUUGGUAACUGGGGCAACCACCUUUUCGGGGAGCUCAAAGUCCGUGCAAAGGCACUUGGUCGCGAGGCCGAGGCGAAAAUCGAUAAACAGUUCGACGCGUUUCCAAGAUGGCGUGACUUGAAUCAUUUCAAGUCCGUCAUGACGAUAUCAUUUAGCGAUGGCAACAAACUCAGGGAUAUUGCGAAGCAAAUGCUGUACUCAGCACAAAAUGUGUUGAAGCGCAGUGAAGAUCCUGUUGGCUAUGCCCUAAUGCAGUGUAUAGGUAGCUACCUGCGACUGACUAUGUACAUAGCGCUCGAUGUGCAUACCGAAGCGACACUCACCGCCGGCGAAGCAGAGCUUCAAGUAUUCGGGACACGCUUACAUGCAUAUAUUGACAUCCAGGGCGAAGAUUUGACGAAGAACUGGAAUUUCCCUAAGGUGCAUGCUCUGACACAUGCUUUCCCCGACAUUCGCGCGAAAGGAGCGGUCCGCAACUUCAGUACUCGACCGAACGAGAAACAACAUGGACCAUUGAAGCGAGCAUACUUACGCCAAACAAACCGCAAGGAUGUUGCCAAUCAGGUCCUCAAGCUUGAUCACAUCAGUCUGGUCUCCGAACUAAUCCGCAGUCGUAUUUCCUACCUCGAUGAAGAUCGGCGCAAACGCACAAUGUCACAGGGACAACUUGAAGACGAGGAUACACUAGACGAUCAACCGUUCGCAGGCCAUCUUCAUAUUGGCGCUCCUCAAGUUCCUGUCACUCUCGCUGCAGUGGAGGAAGGCAACACAUCUAACCGUGCCUUCCAGGAUUUCCGAAAGAAGUUCACCAAGUUCCUCAACACUUUCGUUGCAUCAAACGAUAUUCCUUUGGCUGAUGGUGUUACGUGGUUGCGGCCUACAGCUAACGACAAGCUCCAAGAGCAUCGCUACCUCAAAGUAAACUACGAGUCUAUUGUCGACUGGAGACUGACUACUGACUACCUCCGAUGUAAUCCGAACUUCCAUGGGUGCGAACGUCGUGAUUGUGCCUUGGUCCGCACUCUAGACAAGGAUGGGAUUGACAAGCAUAUCUUUGUGCGGAUCUUGUUCAUGUUCAAGUUCACGGUCAGCAAUCACACUUUCGAACUCGCAUUAGUCCUACCCAUGGAUACUCCCACUGGUUCCAGAGGCGGUGUGGAUCGUGAUCUGGGGCUGACUCGCCUUCGCGCACGACCUUCAGCCUCCUCGGAAUUCAUUUCUCUGCAGUCUAUCGUUCGCGGCGCCUUACUUGUGCCAGAUCAUGAUCAUGAUCGUGAUUUCUUUCUUGUCGAUCUCGUUGACACGGACAUGUUCCUCCGUGCGAAACUUUUGAGGUCCUUCUAG